AUGAUUGACCCGGAAGGCAAGGAUGGCGGCGCGUCUCGCUCCAACCUCAAGCCCAUGCUCCUCGGCGCGAUCCUCGGCAGCGGUCUGACCGCUGGCGCGUUUGCACUUGCCUCGCACCGGACGCUCGGCUCUGCCCUGCGCGCCGACCGGGCUCCGCCAAACGAAAAGUGGUCCCUGGGGAGUGUGCUUGGGAUGGCGGCCGAGACGAGCCAGGACUUUUUUACCGACCCCAAUUUUGACUUUGGGGAGACGGGCGAAAAGUGGUCCGACGCAAUGAAGCCCGCCGCGUCCGCCGUCGAGGCUGCGCGCGGCAUGAUCUUUGGCGGCAAGCCCGAUCCGCCCGAGGUCCCCCAGGUCAUUUUCGUGCACGACGCGGUGCUUGACGACUUUCUGGGCGAGACGCUCGUGAUGGACGCGCACGCGAAGGGGGACAUCAACCUGCUUGGCUCCAUCGUAGUCAAUGCCGACUCGGUGCCGCCUACCUCCUUUGAGCUCGUCAAGCAGUUCCGCUCCGCCUUUUACGGCUCCGACGCCCCGACGGGCAAUGCAGUCACGCUGACCGAGGCGCGGCUCUUCAAUCCCUUUCCGAUCGACUACCGCCGAGACAGUUGGAAGAUGCACAACCUCCCAGUGAUGCAAUCUAUCCCACCAGCGGAGUUCCUGCCCUCGUGCAUCGGCAGCGGCGACGCCUGGCUCGAGGAGACGCUCGAGGCGGCUGCCGACAACAGCAUCACCCUGCUGCAGGUCGCAACCCUCACCAACCUAAAGACGGUCUUCGAGAAGAAGCCCUACCUCGCCAAGAAGGUCACAAAGAUGGUCUGGAUGGCGGGCGCGAUCGACGUGGCCGGCAACCUCGAGGAGCGCCACUGGGCGGGAUUCCCAAAGAUGACCAAGGCGAUGUUUGACAAGUGGGGCUGCAAGACCGUCGGGGAGCCGGCCCCGUGCCAGGACCCGGACAGCGAGUACGGGCGAGGCUUCCCCGAGUGGAACGUUUGGGGCGAUGUGCCGGCCGUGGAUUACAUCUUCCGCACGACCGACUUCCCCAUCUACCUCGCGCCCCUCGACCUCGCCGAUCAGCUCCCUAUCCCGGGCGAGUUCAUGAAGACGCUCGACAAGGCCUACACGCCAAAGUGCAACAAGAUGAUCUACAACGCGCUCAAUGUGAGCUACUCGACCUUUGCCGCCCCGCAGCCCUUCUACCGGCUUUGGGACUCGUCCGCCGUGAUGUACGGCCUCAAGCCGGAGCUGUUUGGUGAGGUAGAGACCACGGAGCUGGCCGUGGGCACCACCUGGGAGUACCAGGGCUUGCUCAUCCGCAAGUCGGAGGCCGAGAUGGGCAUGCCACCCGUCGAGGACUUUGUCGACGCGUGCGUGCGCGAGGGUGUCCACUCGCCGGUCGCGUUCCGCGAGGUCAACAUCGUGCUCGGCCUCGCGGAGCCGGGUAACCCGCAGCCAAUCUUCGACUUUGCGGCCGAGUCGGCCUGCGCAGCCGAGUCUAACAAGGGGCUGUCGGCGCCAACAAGGGGCUGA